UGUGUGUGGUGGCGGGAAAGUUUGUUCCUUUGUUAGUGGACGCAGGCAGCGGGAAGGGGAGCAUCGGACAGGAGAACCAGCUGAGCUGACUGAAACGGCCGAGGACGCGGUGUAAGAGUGCUGGUCAGACGGUCGCCACGGCGUCUUAAAAGUCCGGUGAACAGCGCGAGAGGACCUAGACCGAGACCAAAGAAGCCGCUGCCGCGUGGGGAUCCAGGCCGCCGCCACGCCACGCCACAGACGCUCACCCCUCCUGCGGUUAAGUGCCCCUCUAUUUCUGUGAAUAUAUCGAUUGAAAUAGUAUUUAGUGACGCUGUGUUUGCUGUGACAAUUUAUUCUGUCUUUUCUUUGUUCUUGGUGGUUCCGAUGUUCUUGGACAGAUUUGGGCAUCUCGUGUUAAGUCAUUUUUUUCCCAAAUAAUUUCAGUAAUCUUUGUGCAUUGGGCCUUAUUUUGUUUGGAGUGGAUUUACUUUCAGUGGAUUAGUUAUUUAAUUCUUGGAGUUGUUUUGUGUUGGGUUCUUGAGUUUGCUGUGUUUCCUCACAUAAGGUUUAUUGAUUUCGUUUCCUGGGACUGGUAUACACAGUACAAACACUGAUAUGUGGCUGACCACCAUGACCGAUGCCCUGUUUUGUUUCUCUCUCAAGCUACCAACUGACAGCCACGCUGAGACCUGCUGUCCAGGGAAUCACCUACACUCCGUCUGGGGAGCUGGUGUAAACUCCCAUGCGGAAAGUGAGGAGGCGGGAAUGUGAGACAGUUGUUCGCGGACUCAACAUGGGUAGGGGUCGAGGCAGAGGGAGAGGAAGGGGCAGGGGAUCAUCUGCCCAGUUGCGGCCCCCCUCUCCCUACAGACUUCAGCUCUCUCCAUCCAGGGAGACUUUAACUUAUGCUCAGGCACAGAAAAUAGUGGAAGUGGAUCUAGAUGGAAGGCUCCAUCGGAUUAACAUCACAGAUCCUCUGCCAGUUAUAACCGAGGAUGAGAUGAUGGCCCAGGACAUUGCUGAGUGCAACAGCAAUAAGGAGAACAGUGAGCAAACGCAGAGUAAAACCAGAUCGUGGAGGAAACCCUCAAACAGUAAAAGCAGGAGGAGUGGUAAAAAUACAUCUCACCAGAACCAACGGUCUGGGUCCCAGCAGCACACAGGAGCUACUAACUCCUUCCAGCACCCAUCCAACCAAAGCCCUCUGCCUGAGCCCACCUUCCGUGUGCUGAGUUCAGUUUGCCUUUCAGAGGCACCUCCUCUUCCUGCAGCAUACUACCGCUACAUAGAAAAGUCAGGGGAGGAACAGGAGAGUGUGGCUGAGUAUGACAUGGAUGAGGAGGACCUGGCCUGGCUGGAGAUGGUGAACCAAAAGAGGGUGUCUGACGGCCAUGCCUCCGUACCUCCAGACACUUUUGAGCUGCUGAUUGAUCGUCUGGAGAGGGAGUCCAUCCUGGAGUCCCGUAGCCAGGCUCUGUCCCAGAGUGCAGUCGAUGAGGAUGCCUUCUGCUGCGUCUGCUUGGAUGACGAAUGUCUCAACAGUAAUGUCAUCCUGUUCUGUGACAUCUGCAACCUGGCUGUCCACCAGGAGUGUUACGGCGUGCCCUACGUACCUGAGGGCCAGUGGCUGUGCCGCUGCUGCCUGCAGUCCCCCUCCCGUCCUGUAGACUGUGUGCUCUGUCCCAACCGAGGAGGUGCCUUCAAACAGACAAGCGAUGGACGCUGGGCCCACGUUGUCUGUGCCAUAUGGAUCCCGGAGGUGUGCUUUGCCAACACAGUGUUUUUGGAACCUGUUGAAGGGGUCAAGAACAUCCCACCUGCUCGGUGGAAGCUCACCUGCUACCUGUGUAAGCAGAAAGGCAGAGGAGCAUCCAUUCAGUGCCACAAAGCCAACUGUUACAGGGCCUUUCAUGUCACCUGCGCCCAGAAGGCCGGUCUCUUUAUGAAGAUAGACCCAGUCCGGGAGACGGGCGUCAACGGUACCACCUUCUCUGUAAAGAAGACUGCUUUCUGUGAGCAUCACUCUCCUGUUGGGUUUCGGCGGGACGGGUCAGGAGACGAGUCGGUUGAGGGAAGACUGGUGGGGGGCAGGGGGAACCGGGGUCAAAGGUCAUAUACUCAGAGCCCCCCCUCGCCACCAAACAAGAAGGCUACCAAAGGCCAGAAGAAGAAGAAUACGAAAGGGUCUGGUGGGACACGUCGCUCAAAUGUGCCUGUGCUGCUGGUGCCUCAGAUCCCCUCUCACAGGCUGAACAAGAUCUGCACAGGAGCUGAAGUCCAGAGAAAGAAUCAGUUCAUGCAGAGGCUUCAUAACUACUGGUUGCUGAAACGUCAGUCACGAAAUGGGAUGCCUUUAAUACGCCGACUUCAUUCGCAUCUGCAGGCCCACAGGACGGCAGAGCAGAGGGAGCCUGACGAGAAACUGUGUGCUGCAAGAGAGGAGCUUCGAUACUGGCAAAAGUUGAGGCAAGACCUUGAAAGAGCCAGACUUUUGGUUGAGCUGAUCCGCAAGAGAGAGAGGCUAAAGAGAGAACAGAUGAAAAUUCAGCAGGCGGCUCUCGAGUUGAAGCUGACCCCAGCGUUGGUGCUUCUCCAGUCCACCUUGGACCAGCUACAAGAGAAGGACACGGCCAAAAUCUUCUCUGAGCCCGUCAAUCUGUCAGAGGUCCCAGAUUACUUGGAGUUUAUUUCCCAACCCAUGGAUUUCUCCACCAUGCGUACCAAACUGGAGGGACAUGCCUACUGUUCCAUCACGGACCUAGAGAGGGACUUUGACCUCAUGAUUUCCAACUGCCUCAAGUACAACUCCAAGGACACCAUGUUUCACAAGGCAGCUUUACAGCUGCAGGAGGUGGGUGGAGCCGUCCUCCGUCACGCCCACAGGCAGUCUCAGAGCAUCGGCCUGGACCCCAACACUGGCAUGCAUCUCCCAGAGGCUCCAAACAAACAUGGCUUCUACCACUGUACGUGGGAUGACGUCGACUCUCUACUGGACCCAGAGAACAGACUGCACUUAACCACAGAAGAGCAGCUAAAGGCCUUACUGGAUAAACUGGACAUGGUCACAUCCAUGCGUACCAGCGGUGGCCGAACCAAACGCAUCAGGCUGCUGCGCCGAGAGAUCAAUGCUCUCAGACAGAAGAUGAACCAGCAGCAGCAGAACACUCAGUCUGUGAAUGGCAAUGACAAGGAGGAUGAGGGAAAAGAAGAGGAGGAGGAAGAGGGGGAGGAGGAAGAGAAGGAAAAGAAAACGGAGAAGACAGAUAUUGUGGAUAAUGGACCUUUGACUGCAGUGUCCAACUCUGGGACAGAUGACUCUCCACCUGUCUUAGAACUUACUUGCCCGGUGUCAUCACCACUGCCUGGAGACGCUCCUCUUGAACCUCCUGUCCUGGGUAUUGUAACUGGAGGACGAAGGUCACCUGGGCGCUCCUACAAGCGUCAGAGAUCAUCCCGCAGUGGGAGCAAAAGCCAAGGUGAAGAUGAGGCGGAAGUCGGUGAAACACCAUCUUCUCAACCAGAGGCUGUUCACGAGGUUACACCACUGGGAACACCCCCAGCUCUGCCUUUGGCUGGAGUUGGUCGUCGUACGUCUGUUCUGUUUAAGAAAGCCAAAAAUGGGGCACGAAUGGUAAAAAACAAGACCCCACCACAACAGAAUGGGAAAACGUCAGAGGGUAAAACCAAUGGGUUGGAGAGCACUCCUGGUAGUCCAGAUUCACCCAGUGUGACCAACAUCACCACCUUACCUCCCACUCCAAACGCUUCCCCUGCACCUCCCUCUCCUUCCUCGCACCACCUGAGGUCCAGAGGCCUCAGCUCAGACAGUGAAGCAGACAAACUUCCUCCACCACCCAGAGAACCAGGCCUCACAAACGGAAAGCAUGCCUCUGCAGACCAUGAUGAUGAUGACCAAAAAUUAAACUGUAGUGUCUCGCCACCCAAACGUAGUCGGGGUAAACCUGCGCUGGCCAAAGUCCCCAGCAGUGAGAAUGGAGACAUCUCUGGGACUGGAAAGUCUACACUUCUGUCUUUAGAUAGUGAGACAGAGCUCACACCACUGGACCUGGUUUGGGCCAAAUGCAGAGGUUAUCCGUCAUACCCAGCAAUGAUUGUUGAUCCAGAUAUGCCCCAGGAAGGGCUUCUUCACAACGGCAUCCCCAUUCCAGUGCCUCCUGUGGAGGUGCUUAAACUGGGCGAGUGGAGACAAACAGACGAAAGCGAAAAGCUCUUCUUAGUUCUCUUCUUUGACACCAAAAGAACUUGGCAGUGGCUCCCUCGUAACAAACUACUGCCGCUGGGGAUGGAUGACACUGUAGACAAGCUGCGCUUAAUGGAAGGCAAGAAACCCAGUGUUCGCAAGUCUGUACACACUGCGUAUGACCGGGCCAUAGUACAUUUAAACCAUGUGAGAGGAAAUCUUAACUUCACACCCUCCAAUUUUAUAUAAAUUUUAGCAGAAACAAUUUUAUCUUCUUAAACAGGCUGCCUGGUUGUAUAGAAGCUUCAUCAAUGCUCUUAAAAAAGUGGAAAAGUUGAUGGUAUUUGAAGGUUUUCUGUACAAAACUGAUGCUCUGGUUUUUAAAAUGGAGAGAAAAGGUGCUUGAACACAUUUUUGUAGGUGAAUUUGUUCAUUUACUCGCGUAAUUUUUUUAAAAAAAGGUUUUACACAACCACUGUUGCUAUGUGUUCAUAUAAAGUUUUUAAUUUAGGCCAAAGUGAGUCAAGACUUAGGUGAGAAGGGUGUAAAUAUUUAAUUGUCAAAGGGAUUGGUCUUGAUUCAAAACAUAUUUAGACUGUAUUUGCCAUAGAAAUGUCACUGUGUUUAUUCGAGUGUGAAAGUCCCACUUACGUUCACGACAUACCUGGACUUAACAGAAGUUUGGCUUUGAUAGCUAUGAAACUUGUAACUUUGCUGUCUUUGGAAAUUCUAAGUGGGGCUGUCAAUAUUAAUUAAAACAUUUGUUUAAUAUCGCCAUUAUUUUCCAAGUAGAUGCAAAAGGCAACAACCAAAAAAAUAAAGACAGUUGUGGAUCUUCUGUGCUUAAAUCUACAGAGGUGGUGUACUAUACUGCCCAAGAUGUCCUGAAAAUGUUUACGUAGCAGAUGGUAGCAACUUGUAAAGAAGGCCAGAAAUGAUAAAUACAAUGUUGUUAUGCUUUUCCUUUAAGCUCUGAAGGAGGCGUGAUGCUGCUGCGAUCAUUUAAAGUUGACACUACAAAUGCGUCAUUCUAAACCAUUUCUCCUUUCUUUGCAAAAUGCUACACUUUUUUACUCCGCAAAUUUUAAAAACAGUAACCUGUAUUUCAACUGAUCCCUCCAUUGAAUCACAUCUUAUCUGUCCUUUUACUUACAGUUGAGCUGUUAUUGACACGGAAUUGAAAGCUAAGCCUGAAGUGAAGCUUAACUGGUUUUACAUUUGAUUCCUAGAAAAUGUUUUGGGUGUGCACAAAUUUUAUUCAACAGUUCUGAGAAACAUUCUGUAGAUACAACAGUUACAACAACAACAGUUCAAAUUAUUAGAAAGAGGGAUAAAUUUUAGUCAAGUGGCUGCCAGUGCAAACAUUGUUAAACUCUUAGUCCAGCUAUGACGGGUUGUGGGUGGGACUUGAGAGGUUUUUACUUAUUUUUCCAUAUUGUGAAACUGUAUUAUGAUACUAGAAUGUUGAAGUACCUGGUGCAGCUACUUGGUUAGUAAGAUGUGACGCCACUACAGAGGUGAAGCUGAUUCUUUUGUGGUUAUUCUGACAAAGUCUACUGCAAUCACUCACUGAAGAACUUGCAAUUGUUUGCAAAUCUGGCUGAAAUGACUUGAAAAGCACAAUCAGUCUGUUAAAAAAACAAAACAAAACAAAAAAAAAAACCUUGUAGGAUUGGUGACUCCUGGAGCCAUAUGUGU